GUUGUAAAAGACACACAAUUAGUCCAACUAUUAAGGUUACUAUUGUUGCUGAGGGAUCCUCUAAUGACUUGGCUUAUAUGCCAACUUCGGAACCCAUCAUUAGCUUGGUGGUGGAAGGUUGAAUUAUUGUAAAAUUCUCCCCUAAGUCUCACAUCUACCCCUUCAAACUUCAUCAUAUCUUGCAAGUUAGUUUCAAAGACGCAAAAUUUACGUAGUUUUGGACACAUGUUCUUUCACUGUACUUUCUUCCUCCGCCGCUACACGCGCUUCUCCGCCUUCUUUGUCCUCGCCUCCGUGGCCGGAUCCAUCCUCGUCUCCCUACUCCAGCGCUUCUCCACCCCCCUCGAUGCGGAUGUGACAGUUACUAAAGGAAAUGAAUUUGAGGAUUACUAUUUGAAGCGUGAGCUGCUUAUGGGAAUAUACGAGAAGGGUUUUGAGAGGCCAUCUCCUAUCCAAAAAGAAAGCAUUCCCAUUGCUCUUACUGGUAGUGACAUUCUUGCUAGGGCUAAUAAAGGAACAGACAAAAUAGCUGCAUUUUGCAUUCCUGGAUUGGAAAAAAUUGAUCAGGAUAAUAAUGUUAUUCAAGUUGUAAUAUUGGUCCCAACUACAGAGCUGGCUUUGCAAACAUCCCAAGUGUGUAGAGAACUUGGAAAACAUUUGAAAAUUCAAGUUAUGGUUACAACAGGUGUUACCAGCCUGACACAUGAUAUUAUGCGUUUAUAUCAACCAGUUCAUCUGCUAGUUGGAACUCCAGGAAGAGUAUUAGAUCUUGUAAAGAAGGGUGUUUGCAUUCUGAAAUAUUGCUCUAUGCUUGUUAUGGAUGAGGCUGAUAAGCUUCUCUCCCCAGUGUUCCAACCUUCAAUAGAACAGCUUAUUCAAUUUCUUCCUGAAAGCCGUCAAAUUCUGAUGUUUUCUGCUACAUUUCCUGUUAAUGUUAAGGACUUCAAAGAUAGAUAUCUACGCAAGCCAUACGUUAUUAACAUUACGGAUGAGCUAACUCUGAAAGGUUGAUUUGGCUGUUGCUCAAGCAGUGAAUACUCUGUAUUGUUAGUGUCGUUUAUGAUGUUAUAACAUGCUUACAAGCUAAUUCCUCUAAGGAAAAAAUAAAGUCUCCAAGCUAUUAUAUGUUACUUCAGAAAGUCUAUAAUUAGAUGUCAAGUAAUUGUUUUUUAAUACAAUGUAUAAAUUGAUAGAUCAGAUUUGGUAAAUGAAACAUAACCUUCAUUUA